GCACUUUAAAUAUUAUGUCCCUUCAUCAAAAAAUUUCUUUUUCAGCCUCUCUUCUUCCCAACCCCUUUUAUAUAUCUUGAGCUAGCUACUUACCAAGAGUUUUAAACCCUAGCCAGCAGCACCCCAAAUGCAGGUUGUGGUUAAUUUGUAUUGAAGAAUAUGGGAUCAAUGAACACAAAUAACUGGCUUUCAUUUCCACUUUCUCCAACUCAUCCUUCUUCAUUACCACCUCAUCUUCAACCAACUCAAUCUCAAUAUCAUCACUUUUCUCUUGGAACAUUAGUCAAUGACAACAUGUUGGAAACCCCUUUCCAAAAUCAUGAUUGGAACCUGUUGAGUACUAGUCAUAGUCAGAGCAGCAAUGAAGUUCCAAAGGUUGCUGAUUUUCUUGGUGUGAGCAGCAAGAUCAAUACUGAAAAUGAGUCAGAUCUUGCAGCCUUUGAUCAUUCUUCAGAUAAUAAUUACUUAUUCAUGCCAGCAAUACAUAAUAACUCAGUUAUAACAACUUCUAGCAACAGUUAUGAUCAAUAUCAAGAAAAUGGUAACAAUAAUUUGCAGUCAUUGACAUUAUCAAUGGGAAGUGGUACUACUACUAAGGAUUCCAUAUGUGAAACCAGUGUUGACACUAACAGUACAGUUGAAGCAGCUGCUACACCUAAAAGAGCUUUGGAUACCUUUGGCCAAAGAACAUCUAUAUAUCGAGGCGUAACAAGACAUAGAUGGACCGGAAGGUAUGAAGCUCAUCUUUGGGAUAAUACAUGUAGAAGGGAAGGACAAUCAAGAAAAGGUCGCCAAGUCUAUUUAGGUGGAUAUGACAAAGAAGAGAAAGCUGCAAGGGCUUAUGAUUUAGCUGCACUAAAGUAUUGGGGGACAUCCACCACUACAAAUUUUCCAAUAAGUAACUAUGAGAAGGAAGUUGAAGAUAUGAAGCACAUGACUAGACAAGAAUUUGUUGCCGCCAUAAGAAGAAAGAGCAGUGGAUUUUCAAGGGGUGCAUCAAUGUAUCGUGGAGUCACAAGGCAUCACCAACAUGGAAGAUGGCAAGCAAGAAUUGGCAGAGUAGCAGGAAAUAAGGAUCUUUACUUAGGAACUUUUGGUACCGAAGAAGAGGCUGCAGAAGCUUAUGACAUAGCUGCAAUAAAGUUUAGAGGAUUAAACGCAGUAACAAACUUCGACAUGAAUCGUUACGAGGUGAAAGCGAUUCUUGAAAGUAAUACUCUUCCAAUAGGAGGAGGUGCUGCAAAACGGUUAAAAGAAGCUCAAGCUCUAGAAUGUUCUAGAAAAAGAGAACAAGAGAUGAUAGCAUUAGGCUCUAGUACUACUUUUCAAUAUGGAGGAAUUGGAGGAGAAGGAUCUUCAAGUUCAAGUAGGAUGCAAUUACAAGGUUACCCUUUAAUGCAAUUUGAACCUUUAUAUGAGAGUAGUAUUCAAGAUCCGUCGUCGUUUAAUCAGCAGAGUUAUAUUCAAACUCAGCUUCAGUUGCAUCAACAACAGCAAAGUGGAGGAUUUUAUAAUUAUAAUGGGAAUUACAAUAUUCAGAAUCAGCAGGGUUUGAUGAAUAUGGGUGUCAUGGAGAAUAAUGGUGGUGGAGGAGGGUAUAUUGGGAAUAAUAUUAACGUAGUUGGAAGUGGAGGGGAGGAGGUUGGGUUUGUUAAGGUUGAUUAUGACAUGGCUUCCGGAGGUUAUGGAGGUUGGUCAGCGGCCGAUGCUUCAAAUGUUGGUGCAGCCAGUGUUUUUACAAUGUGGAAUGAUUUGACUAAUUAAAGAGUUUUGAGUUUGAACUUUGACUCUGACUUAUAUUGUAAUGUCUCUGUUAACUAUUAACUGAAUAUGCUCUUUAAGAUGAGUUUAGAGUGUUCUCUAUUAUGAGGGGAAAGGGAAAUGAGGGAACUAUAAGCUAGCUAACCAAUAUGUGGUGCAACUAAUUGCCAUACAAUUUAAUUUCUUGUUCUUUUCAUUUAAUUUUUUGUUAUGCUACAUUUACA